GAAGUUUCUUGACUCCUUCCAAUAUUGAAUCUCUCUCUUUCUGAUCUCCUCUUCUUUAAUUUCAUUGAAUUUCUCUUCUUCAAAAAAAAAAAAAAAAGGAGAAAGAAAGAAAAAAAUUUCUUAACUCCUUCCAUUGAGCCUCUCUCCUUCUGAUCUCCUCUUCUUCCAUCUAAUUUCUCUUCUUCUUAUUAAAAAAAAAAAAAAAAAAAAAAANAAAAAAAGAACGAAAGAAAGAAGUUUCUUCUUCCAUUGAAUUUUCCUUCUUUUUCUUCUUCUUCUUCUUAAAAAAAAAAAAAAAGUUUGUUGACUCCUGCUACUGAAUUUCUCUCUUCUUCAAAAAAGGAAGUUUCUUGGCUCCUUCCAUUGAAUUUCUCUCCUCCUCUUCUUCCAUUGAAUUUCUCUUCUUCUUCUUAAAAAACUCUCUCCCACUCUCUCUGCAUCUAGGCUUCUGGUUUCUUUAUUGCUGGCAAGCUACUGCUAAGUGAACUCUAGUUUUCAAAUACAAAUUAUAGCUGGAGAUUUCUUCUAAGUAUUCCGGACUCAUAAAAGUGUGUCUUCUUUUUUUUACUCUCAGCACAGAACUUCAAUCAGUGGGUCAACCUCAAUCAAAUUCUAAACACAAAUUAUGGCUGCUGCGCUGCGGGCUGGUAUGGACGUUAUCUGGACUCUUAAAGACACAAUGGAGAAGAUACUCUCGUUACGUAGCAUAUUUGCAGGAUAUAUGGGUUUUGAUGAAAAUCUGGAAACUCUAAAAGCUGAAGUAGAUCAACUUCUCAGGGAAGAGAAAGACAUGGAAGCAAAGUUGAAGGACUUAGAAAGAGGAGGGCAAAAGAAGAGGAAACAAGGAGUUGAGGGUUGGCUUGAGCGAGUAAAUAAAUUGAAAACAAACUUUGAAGCAUUCAAGGAAAGCAAUCAAGGUGGGGGAUUCAUAAUAAACAAUGCUCGGAAGUUAAUAAAAGCACAAGAACUCGAAGGGAUGACAGAAAGAGUUAAAAAGCUUAGAGAAGAGGGCAGAAAUAAUACUGUUGAACCUACACUGGAUGUGAGUACCGCAUAUGAACUCAAUGUUGAUCAGCUAUCUGGGACAACAUCUGAAACUAAUUUAGAUAAAAUAUAUAAAUUGGUAGAAGAUGAAAAUGUGAGGAGUAUCGGGGUGUAUGGAAUGGGAGGUGUUGGGAAGACAACCUUGGCCAAACAUAUACAUAACCGAAUCCUCCGAAAUGACCCUCGUGCUAAUGUUUAUUGGGUUACAGUUUCUCAUGAUUUUAACCUCAGAAAAUUACAGGAUAACAUUGCUAAAACUGCUCGUAUUAACCUUUCUGAUGACCAGGAUGAAGUGCAAAGAGCUGCUACUCUACUCAAUCAUUUUGUGGAAAAUAAUAAUGUUGUGCUCAUAUUGGAUGAUGUGUGGGACAACAUUAGCUUGGAGAACUUGGGAGUCCCUCCUAGGGCUAAGGGUUGCAAGCUCAUUUUAACUACUCGAUUACGAGAUGUGUGUUGCAGGAUUGGAUGCGAAAAGCUAUUUCAAGUUAAUGUUUUUAAUGAGGAGGAAGGUUGGAAUUUGUUCAAAGAAAUUUUAGUACAAGAUGGCUGUAUUGUGCUCACUGAUGUUAUUGAAAAAUAUGCCAAACAAUUGGCCAAAAAAUGUGGGGGCUUACCAUUGGCACUCAGCACUGUAGCGGCAAGCAUGCGAGGGGUGAAUGAUGAUCACAUAUGGAGGAAUGCCAUUAAGAAUUUCCAAAAUGCUUCUCUUCAAAUGGAAGACUUGGAAAAUGAUGUGUUUGAAAUACUCAAAUUUAGCUACAACAGAUUGACUAAUCAAAAUUUGAAAGAGUGUUUCCUUUAUUGUUGUUUGUAUCCUGAAGAUGAAAGGAUUGUGAAGGAUGAAAUAAUAAUGAAGUUGAUUGCGGAAGGAUUAUGUGAAGAUAUAGACGAGGGUCAUUCCAUAUUGAAAAAGCUAGUAGAUGUCUUCUUAUUGGAAGGGGAUAAAUGGUUUGUUAAGAUGCAUGAUUUAAUGAGAGAAAUGGCUUUAAAGAUGUCAAAGUUCAUGGUUAAAUCUGAGCUCGUUGAAAUUCCAGAGGAGAAACAUUGGACCGCUGAAUUGGAGAAAGUUUCCUUGAAUCCAAAUACAUUGAAAGAAAUUCCAAAUGACUUUUCCCCCAGAUGCCAUAAGCUUUCAACCUUGAAUUUGAGCAACUCGAAUUUUUUGGAAACUGGCAUUGAAGAAAUCCCAGAAUCUUUCUUGUUGUACACGUCACAGCUUCGAGUCCUUGAUUUAAGUUAUAACACAGAGCUUAAGUGUCUUCCCAAUUCUAUCUCAAAUUUGGAGAAUCUUUGUGGAUUAUUUCUUCAACAUUGUGGACACAUUAGUUGUUUGCCAGCAAUGAAGAAGAUGAAGAAAUUGCGGGUGUUAAAUAUUCAAGGGUGUAAUGGAAUUAGGGAAUUGCCUCAAGACAUGGAAUGUUUAGUGAGUCUCCAAUAUUUAUAUAUGAUGGGCACAAGCACAGACUUGGAGAUUCCAAAAGGGGUAAUAUCCAAACUAAGAAAUCUUAAAUGCAUCCAAUCGGACAACUGUAGGAGGUUGCAGAGUGAAGAUUUGAAUUGUUUGCCACAUCUGCAAGAAUUUUGGAGCUGGUUUGAUGAACUGCACAACUUCAACAGGUUGGUUAAAAAUCUUGAGCAACUUAAAUGCUACAACAUAUGUGUAAGCAGUUCGCAUUUGAACAGGCAGCGUCAUCAUUUACCUUUGGGCAGGAAUGUGAAUAAUGUGGAUUUCAAGGGAAUCAAUUUUACAUUAGUUUUGCUUCCUGCAAACAUUACUUGUUUACACAUUAAAGAUUGUGAAGGGCUGAAUGGGUGCAUAGCAGACUAUCUCCAAUCAAUAAUGAGUAAUCUAAAAGAACUAGAUGUGUGGCAGUGCACAGAAGUAGAGUGGAUUUUGAACAGCGAACAAAUAAUAGAAAUGCAAGCAACACUGGUGCCACCCCAUUUAAGAAUCUUGAGGUGUUGGCUCUCGAUUACCUGCCAAAAUUAAGAAGUGUGUGUAAGGGAGAAGAUGUAAUUUUUCCAGAUUAUUGCACUUUCUCAUCCCUUAAACAUCUCUAUAUCGAGGGAUGUGAUAGUAUGAAGAAGUUGUUGCCACAUGCAUUAUUGCAAAAUCUCAAAAACCUUGAGACACUUGAUGUGAGAUACUGCUCUCAACUAGAAGUGGUAAUAGGAGGAGUUGGGGGGGAUGGAGAAGAAGAAGGUAGUAGUAAUACCCCAAUAUACCUCCCCAAGCUUAAACAAUUAUAUCUACAUAACCUGCCAGAAUUGAAAAGCAUAUGCAAUGGUAGAGAAAUGAUUUGCCCUUCCAUUGAAAAAAUAAGCAUUUGGUGUUGUACAAAUGUAAAGAGGAUGCCUUCAUUUCUUCCCAUUAAUGAGGCUACUGAACAACCAUACAUUCCUUCAUCCUUUCAAAAGAUCCAUUUACGUGAAGAUGAGAAAGAAUGGUGGGAAUCGUUGGAGUUGCACAAUCCAUAUGCAAAAAGCAUCCUUCAAUCUCACAUCGAAUGGUUUUGAUUGUCAUGAGAUCAUGAUGGAUGAUUAUUGUAGCCAGAAGUUGUCAUUGUUCAAUUCGGAAUACAUCCUUUGGAGGUCUCUCAUGUUUCUAUUUUAUGUCAUAUUUAUUAAUAUUACUCUGUAUUUGUUUUGCAUUGAGUUCUCUAAACCAUUACAAUUUUCAGCUACAUUGAGUUUCAAUAAUUAAAACACAAAAUUCUUUUAAUACUUA